AAAAUAUAAUGGUUUAUGAAACCUACAAAUGAUACUACAUACAAAUUGUAUUCGUCUCGGAAAUUAUUACUAAAUAUAUUGACCAGAAAACGAGAGUGUAAACGUGAUUAUUUUGUCUAUUUUCUCCUGUCGGUUCUCGACGGGAUGCAUUGUGGGAAAACAAAGAUGUCUGCGCCCAUGAGGCAUGUCAGCCGAUGUUGUCAACGACGCAUCUCAAGUUGUCUAAGAUUGACAGGGAAUAAUGAAUCAAAUACACACAAUCUCUCAGCUUUUUCGACAUAUUUUACUUCAAAGAAAACUGUCCUUGGCAUCGAAACAAGCUGCGAUGACACCGGUGCAGCUGUCGUUGAUAACAGAGGUCGUGUUCUUGGGGAGGCCUUAAAUUCCCAAAUCAAAAUACAUGUGGAAGCUGGUGGUAUUCUUCCUCCUGUGGCUCGGGGAACCUUCAUGUAGAGAGCAUUAGUGGAGUUGUACAGGAAGCUUUGGGCCGAGCCAGUAUGACAGUGCAUGAUGUGGACGCUGUUGCUGUGACGGUGGAACCGGGGCUGGCACUAUGUCUGAAGGUCGGGUUGGACCAUGCCAAAUCUCUAGUCAGGCUGUCAGGGAAACCGUUGAUACCGAUCCAUCAUAUGCAGGCACAUGCUCUCACAGCCAGAAUGACCGACAGAGUGGACUUCCCCUUCCUAGUGUUGCUGAUCAGUGGCGGACACUGCCUCCUCACAGUGGCGAGGGAUGUUGCAGACUUCGUGUUGCUGGGAGAGAGUCUGGACGAUGCUCCAGGGGAGGCCUUUGACAAGAUUGCUCGUCAACUAAACCUGAAAAACCUUCCACAAUUCACCAGUGUAAGCGGUGGUGUUGCCAUAGAAACCAUGGCUAGUCAAGGUGACCCCAAAUCCUUUGACCUGCCUCUGAUGUUGACACAGGUUCGGACCUGCGACUUCUCUUUUUCUGGUCUGAAAUCUCAGGCAAAGAGGAUCAUAGCACAUGAAGAGAAGAGGCAAGGUGUGUCCAGAGAUGAUAUUUUACCCAACGCAGCAGACAUCUGUGCCUCUUUCCAGUAUGGAGUCUUGAAGCACUUGGCACGGCGGGUUCAGAGGUCACUGUUGUUCUGUGAGUUGAGUGGCCUGCUGCCGAAACACAAGACCCUGGUUGUGUCUGGAGGGGUGGGAAGCAAUCAGUUCAUCAGAUCGGGGCUCCAGAAGGUGUGUGACAUGUACUCCACACAGCUCAUCUGUCCACCGCCUCGUCUGUGUACUGACAAUGGUGUAAUGAUUGCCUGGAAUGGCAUGGAGAAACUACUUUGUGGAAAGAAUUUCUCAGCAGCCGAUCCUGAAGCUGUCGACUUCCAGCCCAAGUCCCCAAUUGGUGAGGACAUAUCCAGUUCUGUGAGGGAUGCUGCCAUCAAGCUGUCGCCGCUCAAACUGUUAUAGUGGAUUAUCUACAACAGACCAUUUUACUGUUAUAACCUGGCAGUGAUGAACGUGCGAGCGUAGAUGAGAAGGAUGAUGAACAUGAGGAGACAUGCAAUACUUUCGACCGUGAGGAGAUAUGCAUACCACAUGAGACUGUGCUCAUUCAUCAGAUAUCCCAGUAUUAUGGGGUUAGCCAUCGUUCCCGAAGAUGAAGCUAUCAAAAUGGCAGAUGCAACUCUCCCCGACAUAUUUAACAGCUCUUCCUCUGUCCACGUCAACCCUGUCGGGAAGAAUACAGACAUUGAGAGUCCUGUUGUGACCGAGCUGAUCCAAAUGCCUAUUGUGAUAUCGUACUGUGCACAAAACAGAAAAGCCACAAGUGAUGCUAUUAGAGAAAAACAGCAUAUAAAUAGCAACUUGACGGGAGUGAUAAAUUUUACGAAAAAGAUGCCGAGGAAUCGCCCGCCAGCAAAUGAUGCCCAAUAUGCUGAUGUUAAUUCUGUUCCUCUAGACUUGCUCCAACGUAGAUGCUUCACAACAAAGGUCACCAAGUAUGCUGCGAAACUGUCCUCAACUGCACAGUACAGCAUGUAUGUCACACAGAUCAUUGCGAUCGUGAAGACGAACACAGGACGUGAUAUACUUUGGGGCUCGGAAGUAUCCUCCCCUGCUGUUCGCUUCUUUGUUUGAGAUUUUUCACGACAAUAUGAUAUUAAAAAUGGAAAAGCAAAGAAUGUAGUCAAUACAGCAGAAAUUAUAUAAGCGUAAAA